UAUGCACAAUGUCUUCCUUUUCAUCUGCAAGAAUCUCAUCUACACCAGCAUCUUUAUUUGUAUUAAAUACCAGAAGGACAGAAUCCCAUGAUAUUCCUAAUAUUAUCAAUCUUAUGAAAUAUGAUACAGAAAGAUUGUUUGGCAGGAUUAAUGUCAUAUAUCUUUUAGAAAAAACUAAUCUUGCAGUGACUGUGAUUAAUGAUAAAAAUGUAAGUGUUGCUCAUGCUGCAUUUUUGGAUUAUCCUAACUGGGGUAUUGUUGAUGAAGCUAAUUGGGAAACAUAUAUGAAACAAAACUAUCCUGAGACAAAGUGUACACCUUUAAAUACACUAUUUAUGCAUCUAUUUGUAGCAACUGAUGAAUAUGCAGUCCAUAGUUGUCAUGAAAUUCUGAAGACUGUUUUUAAAACUGUACCAGAAUUACAUUUCAUAUUUCUCUUCAUACCAUUUCAAGAGGACUUAGGUAUAGAUUUGGCAGUAGCUUUUGAGCCCAUGAUGAAUCCUAUUAAUUCAUCUCUGAUUAUGGAAUAUUCCCUCCAUGUGUCACACAGGCAUCACUAUUGUCCCCAGUUGUAUACUCGCUGUGCCAGGGUAGAAGACCAUGAUGAUCUCACCCCAAUCUUUUUACGGCAUAAUGAUACUCUAAGGCAAACCUAUGGAGACUAUUUCCUUGCUGAACUGAUAGAAGCUCAAGAUGAAAAUAAUCUUGCUGUAGUUUGUGAGGAUAAUGGCGUAGCAGUUGGGUUCAUGAGUAUAUGUUCUGAAGUGAAUGUACAGCUGCUUCAUGACUGCUUUGACUUGAGACUUUUCCACGGACUUUGCAAACCACAUCCAGAUGAUAUACUUAAACCACCAUGCAUUUCAGUUGAAAUUACAGAUGAAAACAUUAGCUUAGGAAGUCAAAGAGAAGCGAUUAUGGAUACCCAGAAUAUAGAAAUUCAGAGAUCCAGCAAAAUUGGAAGCAUUUCUUCUCAAGCUUCAAAUGCAAGUGAAAGUGCAAUAUUAUCUAAAGAAAGUAUUCAGAAAGAGGAAAUACUUGCUCAGAUUUCAUUAGAACAUCCCCUAGAAAGCGACAAAAGUAAGGAUCUGAAAGCAACUGAAACAUCAACUACUACUAGUUUUGAAAGACAACUUUUCCGUCCUAUAUAUAAAGGAGAAGUAAAUGCAAUUUGUAUCCAGCUCUUUUGUAUUGAUGAGCAACAUGAAACAAGGUCACUGGAUUUCUUACAUUUUGUUUUUCAACUUUUCCCAGACAAAGACUUUUGCAUCAUCACAGUGCCACAUAUGGUCCCUGAAUUUCACCUGAUCCAGAGUUUUGUUAGGAUUAUUCCCUUCAUCAAUUCUACACUGGAUCAGGAGCUGUAUGUAUUUCAUCGAUCUGGAUUGCUCAAGUCUUUUCAUGUAAGAGCAGCAAAAUCUACUGAUGUCUUUGCCAUUAAAAGACUAAUCCAAACCCUGGAAUUGAAUGAAGCUAUAUUGGAUGACCUAAAUAACUACUUAUCAGCACGAAGAGAUCCAGAUGGGACACCAGUUCAGGCAUUUGUAGCAGAAGUUUUGAAUCAAAUUGUUGGAAUAUCUGUUAUUAGAAAUGAAAUGGACAUCGAAUAUAUUCGCUCACAUUACAACAUUGAAGAUUUUAUAUAUUUCAGUCAUUACCAGCAGGAAGAACAUGGCCAUCUUUACCAUUUUUCUCUCAAUCCAAUUUUUCAUCAUUAUGCCAAACAUUUUAUGAAGGAGAUACUUCGCCUAGCCCAUAAAUCAUGCCUCUAUUAUCCUAUUUAUUCCCAACCUGUAGAAGGCAAGUACCAGAAUCCCUGUGCCCAUUCCCUGACAUCUGCCCUACAUUACAUGGUUCCCGUGCGACCAAGACGACAGAUUGUCUAUCCUCUGGAAAUGCUUGGUAUAAAUGCUCCAUCAAAACAAGUCUCUAAGGAUCAGUUAAAGUAUGCACUGUAUCAUUUCAAUCGGAAGUUGUCCUUGGAGCCUAAGAUAUCUGUCAAUUGUAGAAUAGUAGUUGUUGGAGCAUCAAAUGUAGGAAUCUCUUUCCUGGAGACAUUGAUUUUUUGCCCACACUUGAAAUUCAACAACCUUACAUUGGUUUCAGCUCAUGGCCUUCCAGGAAAAGAUGUAUCAAAUAAUCUGCAUAAGCGAUUUUUAAUUAACAGUUAUUGUUUUAAUGAGGAUGAUUAUGCACUGAUGUCACUUGGUUCAUGGAUUAAUGUUGUGGCUGGAAAAAUGAUUGCUAUAAACAGAUCUGCAAAACAUGUAACAGUUUCCAAGGAGAAAGAAGUGCCAUAUGAUCAUCUCAUUCUCUGCACUGGCCAACAGUAUCAGGUCCCAUGUCCUAGUGGUGCAGAUAUCAAAAAGUUAUUAACCAACAGAGAGGUAUCAACAAACUAUAAACAGAGAUACACAGGAGUAGUGCCCUCCAAUCUUUUUAUUAUUUCCGAUGAUGAAGAUGCAUUAGCAGCAAUUAACUGGCUAAAAGAAAAAGCGAUUGAGUCCACAGGGAAUAUUAUUAUCUACGGGAAUACAAUUGAUGUGUACACCACUAUAGAAUCCCUCUUAUCAUUAGGAAUUAGUGGCUAUUGUAUACACCUUGUGCAUCCUCCCUCGAAUUCCAAUAUUACUUCUCUCAAUAACAGUGCAAUAGAAAGAGCUAUCAAGAAAGCAAUGUCCAAGUUUCGUGUAACUGAAUACCAUGAUAGUUUAUUGGCUCAGUGGAAUGAUGGCAAUCACCCAGAUCCAAUCACAUGUGCAUCUUUCACUACAAGUACAAAGCCAUUUAAGUUGCAAUGUUCUGUAAGUAUGUGCUGCCUUUGCUGAAUUUUAAUAUAUAUCAACUGAACAAUUGGAACAGGCUUGAAUUCUAGAAUUCUGCUUUUGGAUCUUGCUAUGCUG